ACUGGUGACAUACAAUACACCGAAUCACAUCGCCCAAAACAACUGGCGGUAUCGGAUCACAGAUUGAACAAAUUGUGGUCAGGCGUGCAAAGCUGGGUGUUAGGGAAACAACGACUCUCGGGUUUUCAGAAGAAUGCGGAUAAUCGUAAAUUAUUAGACGAAGGGGAAAUUCAAGCACAAAUUGGUCUUUUAAGCAAACGGUAUUCAAAUCUGGAGCUGGCGAGGUCUUCCAGACUUCAGUUGGCCGAGACAGUUUGUCUGGAAUUGAGGAGCUUAAAUGUCAGACCGUCAGUCAGGUGCCAUCCGUAAUUUCUAUUUGCUGUGGGGAAGAGACGGUCAGAAGUCAAACAGCGAGUGGUUGGAGUAUUUGGUGAGGACUGUUUGUGCAUUCUCUGCGAUGAUUCUCCGAGGAGACAACCCCUAAAGUGGUCCAAACAGCGGGUAUAAACCACAGGCAUGAAAUCAAGGGUCACGAUGGUGAGGAGCCACGCUUGAUGACAAAUCCAACCCAGCACUCUGAAGAACCAGCACGUUUGGUGAGAGUUGGCGAGUUGCAUGCGACAAGUUGAAAAUGGAGUCCAUAAAGGAGUAUACGGAUGGUCUUCGUGACUCCCUUCAAGUCAGGAUGGAGCACGCCCUCGAUGACAGGAAGGUUGAAAUUGCUGACAUUCUCUCCAGCAGGUAUGGGCAGGUGGUGACUGAACUAACUGAGCCCCAGACUUGGUAUUACUCCGAGCCACACCAGCUUUUAGUCGAAAUGCUGCGGCAAAACAUCGGGCGACCAAGUUGGGGGAGGCCGUCGGCCCGUCCAGAACAUGGCGUGCUUCCUUCCUUCGGUCACCAAGAUGGCAGUGCCAUCCACGAGGGCAUCCUUCCAUUGAACCAACGGAGAAAAACAGCAUCCCACCAGGGGCAGGGGGAUCUGGGAAAGGGGGAGAGAGGGGUAAGGUUUGCAGAACUUGAUAAAAUCAACGCUGGAACAGCAGCAAGCCUCGUCAAAAACUUAGAACCCGCAAGCGCGGCAUUUGAUAGAGAUAAGCAUCUCGUGAAAAAGGUGGACGGGACUGGAGGACAAAUUCCAUCACAGGUUCAAAUAAGACAGCACGAGAAAGAGGCAAUUCGAAUAUACAGACGAUUCAAGGCAAGCCAGGACCAUUCUAAGGGGCUACCCAGUACCGAAAGUAGAUCCUUUGCUCUGCGCAGGUGUGCCUCACACCUCCAGCCUGCAACUAGAAAUUAUCCGGCGCCUUUCGGAUCCUUCAGAUCUGACCUGAGGUCUAACUGUUCGAAUCACAACGAAGUCGGUUCGUUGUCCGUGGUUCCAAGAAAUUUAAAGGAAACAAGAUUAUCUGCUCAACACGGCUCACCUGAGAAAGAUUCAAGCCCUAGGCGAGUAAGGAAGCAGAAGCUCCCCCUCCGAGAGGCCGAGAGACGACCCUUCGGCCACAGGAAUGAUAAAGUUGUCUUCUUUGACAAUUGGAUAAGGCCUCUUCAAGUUGAAAGAACUCAGCAUCUCACGCAGAUGGGAGACGAAAAGGAACAGGAGAGCAUAAAAAGUCCCAGGAUAAAACCUCAGAGUGUCUCCAAAUCCACCCAGACGGAAAAUGAAGCUAAUAAUUUGUGCAAGGUGGUCCUUUUCACCGUUCCUCAAUUCGCAGAGCUGCGGCCAAGUGCAGGUUUGCAUGGGGGAGAUAGCCCCUAUAUUUCGGCGCUGAAAUCUAAAUCGACGGCAAAUGCAGACUUGGCACACUGCCCGGCCCAGAGGCAAGGCAUGGGCACAAAUUUCCAGUUGCUCCUCGACAACGCCGACAAGAGAUUGACGGGAAUCGAACAAGAGAAGGGAAAUUCCCACCUCAGGCAAACAGAAAGCCGUAGAAAGGUAUCCAGCAAAGCUGGAAUUGGAAUGGAUAACGGGCGGGGCACUGAGGCCAGCCACAUUUUGGAAGAGGCAAUGGAAACACUCUGCAACAGCAAUAGCUCUGGGUCUCUUAGGACUGUCGACAUUGGAACCAAUACUUCUCCCAUCGACCGGACCGUACGCAUGCAACCGGCAAAGAAUCACUCUGGAAAGAAAUCUAGGAAGAAACUGUUGCAAGAAUGGCGUCCUAUAUCAGAUUCAGCCAGAAUAAUACCAGGCGCAAAUAGCGCCCUCUGCGCCACUGAGUCGGUCGCGACUCGGUCGAUUGCGGGAACGCACACAACCUUUACGGACCGAAUGUCCCCGAACUCGCCGUUCCGAUAUUCGCCCGAAUCAGCAGUGGACUGGCUCGCCGAGGACUCGUCUACCGACUCGAACGGGGUCGGUAAUUUGGUUAUUAAGGCGACUAGUGGCACAACAAAAUCACUGCCACUUACGCCAAGAGCGAAGAAGGCUUUAUUGCCAAACACAUUUUAGGUACAAAAUUAUGCCAUUGAGUUCGAACUUACUAGAACGUCUGUGAACUACAAAACAAGCUUGACCUACAGAGGAAGUCCACAAUUUUGGCCAUUUUUUUGUAAAAAGGGGGCUAGUAUGAACCAGUCCCAACUAAGCAUUGUCUGGGUUGGAUGGGGUUCUAUUAUAACUCUAAAGAACGUAGGCCUAUAUUACUUUUUCUUAUAACUAAGGAUUUGCACAUAGCAUAUAUAGUUUGUCAUUUGAAGUCCUUCAUUAGAUCCCCUAUACAUUUUUUUUGGGGGGGGUCCUUUAUAGUGCCCUUUUAUCGUUCCUUUUUGGCAAUUGAUACUGAUAUCUUUUGUUCACACUGAAGUGUGGAAUAUCAAGCAACCGAGGGCGAUCAGUCAGCAUUCAAGCCGGUAAGUUCUUCGAGAGUGCUUGACAAAAUACUUGCAAUAUUUUACGACUGAUUCUUAAGAUGCGCUGAAAAUUCCAAGGGAUAUAAACUAAGUUUCCAAUUUACAAACUGAAAGGAUAAGGAUGACAAAUGUCUGGAUUUCACCAACAGCGACGGAACGCCUGUGGAUUUCACCCGACAUAUACGGAGCUUUGUGCCAGGGCCAAAACAGCCCCAAUGAAUUUUUUUUCAAUAUCGCACGUGUAGGCCUACACCCAGAACCAAAACGUUUUCACGGGUAAAUCGUAAAACUCGACAUUGUAAGGUAGUUGUCUGCCAAUAAUUUGUUUCAGUACACAAUCCGUACGUUUGUACUGCCAGGUUAUGUACAGUACAUAGUACGUAACCUGGCAGUACAAACGUAUAGACAGCCUCAAACUAUAUGCAAAAAGUGUAGCACAAAAGGUAAGCACAGUAGAGACU